AAACAUAUAUAUGAUUCAAAUAAUCCAACAUUUACAUUUCCAUAUGUAACCUCUCACCUUAAAAAAUUAACUAAAUUCAUGAACAAAGUUAGUAUAUAAGUAUAUCUUGCAACUUUAGUUAAUCAAUAUCCUUAACCUUUCCAACUAUACAAAACAUGGCAUCCCAAAAUAAAAAAGUUCAUUUUGUAUUAUUCCCAAUGAUGGCACAAGGCCACAUGAUCCCUAUGAUAGACAUUGCAAAAAUAUUAGCAAAACAUAACAAUGUUAAUGUUACAAUAGUAACCACACCACAAAAUGCAUCACGUUACACAUCAACCAUAGCACGUUAUAUUGAAUCUGGUUUACACAUUCAAUUAAUUCAGCUUCAAUUUCCAUCUAAAGAGUUUGGAUUACCAGAAGGGUGUGAAAAUCUUGACAUGUUACCAUCACUUGGUAUAGCAUCAGAUCUUUUCAAUGCAUCAAGAUUACUAAAACAACAAGCUUUGAAGUUAUGUGACGAGUUAACACCGCCACCAAGUUGCAUAAUUUCAGAUAUGUGUUUGCCAUAUACAAUCCAUAUAGCUAGAAAAUUCAAUAUUCCAAGAAUUUCUUUUGUUGGAACAAGUUGCUUAUAUGUCUUAGCUUUGCAUAAUAUACAUGCUAAUAAUAUGAUGCAAAUUAUGGCUAAUAAAGAAAAUGAGUACUUUGAUUUGCCUGGUAUUUCUGAAAAAAUUGAAAUAACUAUAGCACAAACAGGAAUAGGAUUACAGGGUGAAGCUUGGAAUCAAUUUAAUGAAGAUAUGGGUGAAGCUGAAAUGGGUUCAUAUGGGGUAAUAGUGAAUUCUUUUGAAGAGUUAGAGCCAUCAUUUGUGAAAGAUUAUAAAAAAGUAAACAAUGACAAAGUUUGGUGUAUUGGUCCUGUUUCACUUAGUAACAUUGAUUACUUGGAUAAGGGGCAAAGAGGUAAUAAUAAUAAGGUUUCAAGUGGUGAAUGGAAGCACAUGAAGUGGCUUGAUUCUCAAAAGCAAGGGAGUGUUAUCUAUGUAAGCCUUGGAAGUUUAUGUAAUAUAACACCAACACAAAUGAUAGAGCUUGGUUUAGCAUUAGAAGCUACAAAAAGACCUUUUAUUUGGGUUAUUAGAGAUGGAAAUCAAUUAGAAGCAUUGGAAAAAUGGGUUGAGGAAACUGGAUUUGAAGGAAGAAUCAAUGGUAGAGGCCUAGUAAUUAAGAGUUGGGCUCCUCAGUUAUUGAUAUUGUCACAUCGUUCAACCGGAGGAUUCUUGACACAUUGUGGUUGGAAUUCGACUAUUGAAGCAAUAUGUGCCGGUGUGCCAAUGGUUACAUGGCCACUUUUUGCUGACCAAUUUUUGAAUGAGACUUUAGCUGUGCAAAUAUUGAAAGUUGGUGUGAAAAUUGGGGUUGAGAGUCCUUUGAAUUGGGGUGUGGAAGAGGAAAGUAGUGUGUUGGUGAAGAAGGAAGAUAUCGUUAGAGGGAUUGAAAGAUUAAUGGAUGAGACAAGUGAAAGUGAAGAAAGAAGAAAAAGGAUUAGAGAGCUUGCUAAUAUGGCUAAAAAGGCUGUAGAAAAAGAUGGAUCUUCUCAUUCUAAUGUUACUUUGUUCAUCCAAGAUAUCAUACAAAAAAAUAAAGAUAUGAUUCAAGGAACAGGAAUAGAGGAGUUGAAGGAAUUUGAGGAGAAAGUAUAUGAUGUUGAAAUAAAGUCAAAUGGUGCAAUCUUAAACACUUGUGAGAAGUUGGAGAAAGAAUAUGUCAAGGAUUACAAGAUGGAAAGAAAUGAUGAGGUUUGUAGUGUUGGCAAAGAGAGUUGUUGAAAAUGCAUGUGGAUCAUGUGAUCUUAAUAUGACUUUGCUUGUCCAAGAUUUCAUGCAUCAACAAUCAAGCAUCAAAAUUGAAACUUGAAGAGAUUUGAAAUAUAUAAUAUUUGUCCUUUUGUUUUCAUUAUUUGUUUUCUUUUCCUAUUGUUGUAUAAUGUACACUGCAAGCAUGAAGUUAUGUUAUAAAUGCAUGAAGAGGUAUUGAAUUAAUACUACUUUA